UGAAGUCAGGUAUUCACUUCAAAAGAAUCGGAGCAAAGAUGGACUCCUAAGAAAUUUUUAUACAUAGCGGUCAUUCGACUUUGGAUUUUCUUCAUUAAAUUUCCUUGAAACGUUUGAGAUUAUUCUUAUAUGACCGAGUCUGCCGUGUAAACAAUGAUUGUACAGGAGCCAGUGCAGGCGGCCAUAUGGCAUUGUUUAAAUCAUUAUGCUUAUCCAGAUGCAAUAUUUUUAGCGGAAAGAUUGUGUGCAGAAGUUGACACAGAAGAAACUUUAUUUCUUUUGGCAACAUGUUAUUAUCGAUCAGGACGAAUUAGACAAGCUUAUGCAUUACUUUCCAAAAAAGCACCAAAUUCUGCACAAUGCAGAUUUCUUUUAGCUAAAUGUUGUUAUGACUUAGAGAAAUAUGCAGAAGCAGAAGCAGCAAUAAUUGGAGGAUAUUAUAAGCAGUUAAAAAAUUUAGAAGAAAUAGCAACUCAGUUUGGAGAACAUGCAUGUUUCUCACUUCAGAUUAUAGCGAAGAUUUAUUAUAAGAUGAUGCGUACAGCAAAAGGAAAUGAUGCACAUAAAUUGGCUUUGAAGUUAAAUCCAUUUCUUUGGCAUUCAUUUGAAGAAUUAUGCAAUGUUGGUGAAGUAGUAGAUCCUACAAAAAUUUUUCAGUUAGAUAAGCUAGAUAAUUUUGCAAUGUGCCAUGGUAGUACACCUCCACCUACUUAUACAACUGAAUCUGAUCUCAUUGUACCUACUAAUAAUUCUAAUAGUACACCUACUACAAAUGGUACUAAUAUCACUCCUGCACAAAUGACAGCAGCAUCAACUAUAAUCAAUGGUGUGGGACCUGGUAUACGAUUAUAUUCUACAGAUGAAAGUCCACAAACUUUGUCUACACAUUAUACUAAUUGUUCUUCAAUAUCACCAAGAGCUAAGCUUCCACGGUAUCGUAGUAUGUUCAAUAAUACAAUGAGCCCUCUUACUCCAACUUUUGGCAUUUUACCAUUGGAAAGUAAUACACCUGAACCAACAGUUUUACCUUCGCAUACUACUCUUACAGAAGCUAAUGAUCAAAAAAGUUUAGCAAAACGAGUUAGUAGUUUAAGGGCUCAUGUAGGGCAAUUAAUGUCAAGAAAAGAAACUCCUUUACAACAAGGAAAACCAGUAUUUUCACAAUCAGGAAAUACGAGUAAUAGCGCAAAUAUAGUAACAGUUACACCUACUACUCCAACACCAGCAGCACCAACAUUACAAGGAACCAAUGUUAGACGUUCAUCAAGACUCUUCAGUCAUAGCUAUUCAGUCAAGGAAAAUAAUAAAUCUCCAAAUAGAAAUAAAUUUGCUACUCCAAAGUCUCCAUCUCGUAAAACAAAAGCUAGACUUUCAAAAACUAAUUUAAAUAAAGCUAAUUUUAAUGAGUUAAAUGAAAGAAAUCGAAAUGAAAAAGAAAAAACUGAAACAAUUACAUCAGAAAAAGCUGUAUCUAGCGUAAAUACAUUAAAUAAUCAAGGUAGUACUAAUAUCUGUGCAGUAACACUUCAAAAACAAUGUGCUGAGGGUUUAAUGUCAUUAUUACAAGAAUUAGGAUUGGCAUAUCAACAUUUAAGUCAAUUUAAUUGUACUCAAGCUGUUGAAAUAUUAAGCGUUCUUCCAGCACAACAUUAUAAUACAGGAUGGGUAUUAUCUAUGUUAGCUCGUGCACAUUUUGAAAUGAUAGAUUAUAAGAAAGCUGCUAGUUAUUUUGCUGAAGUGAGACAAUUGGAACCUCAAAGAACUGAGCUUAUGGAAAUUUAUAGCACAGUUUUAUGGCAUUUGCAUGCUGAAGUACAAUUGUCUACUCUUGCACAAGAACUUGUCUCUGAAGAUCGUAAUUCUCCAGCUGCUUGGUGUGCUACUGGAAAUUUAUUUUCUGCACAAACAGAACAUGAAACAGCAAUUAAAUUCUUUCAAAGAGCAAUUCAAGUAGAUCCCAAUUUUCCAUAUGCUUAUACACUACUUGGUCAUGAAUAUGUUUUAACAGAAGAACUGGAUAAGGCAAUUACUGCAUUUCGUAAUGCUAUCAGACUUGAUCCUAGGCAUUAUAAUGCAUGGUUCGGUUUAGGAACAAUAUUUUCUAAACAAGAACAAUAUAGUCUAGCAGAAUUGCAUUUUCAACGUGCUUUACAAAUUAAUCCACAGAAUUCGGCAAUAAUGUGUCACAUCGGAGUUGUGCAACAUGCAUUAAAAAAAACUGACGAAGCUUUAAAAACUCUAAAUACUGCAAUUUCAAAUGAUCCCGAUAAUACAUUGUGUAAAUUUCACCGUGCAAGUAUUAAUUUUUCAAUUGGUCGCCAUAUGGAAGCACUUAGAGAAUUUGAAGAAUUAAAAAAUAUUGUACCCAAAGAAUCUCUAGUCUAUUAUUCAAUAGGAAAAGUACAUAAGAAAUUGGGAAAUACCGACCUUGCACUAAUGUACUUUAGUUGGGCAACAGAUUUAGAUCCAAAGGGAGUCAACAGUCAAAUUAAAGAAGCUAUAUUAGGUCCAGGUCAAGGAGAAGAAGAAUCUCCAGCAACUCAAUCAGACGAGCAACAGAUGCAAAAUAAUUCAAUGGAACAAGAGAUUGAAAGUAAUAGAGAAGCAAAUGCCGCAGGACUCGCUGCAAAUGUCUCAGUUGAAGCUCAUGCCGAUGACAGCGACGAUAGUUUAUGAAGAUAUCCUAUUGUGUGCAAGAUUGCUAUAAAAUGAACAUUAUUGCGCGUCAUUAUUUAUCUUUUGUGUUGAUCGAUCCGAUCAAUUUUUCAACUAAUUUAGCUCAUUGUGAAUUCAUAUUGCGUGUAUUUCGUCUGAACAGUGCUUUAUUAUUAGACUUUUAAUAUUUAUAUUUUUUUCUUAGUUCACUUCUUGAUAGUGUUGCAUCUUUUUAAGAAGCUAAAAAAUAAGGUAAAAACCAUUCUUUGGAGCAUACUGGUUUAUUUUUUCCAUCUCUGAAAAAAGGUAUUUAAAUGAUUGAUAUUCUCUAAGAGAGAAAAAUGUACGAAUGAGAGAGAAAGAGAAUGCAUGGAGGAAAGAAUAAGUGAGUGAGUGAAUGAAUGAGUAAAAGAGAGUAUAUGUGUGUGUGUGUGUGUGUGUAUGUGUGUAUGUAAGGGAGAGAAUCAACAAUAUCUAUUUCAUCGAUUUUGUACAUUACGCGUUCCACUGUAUAUUUUUUACGAUUGCUUGUUUUACUUUUAUAUAUAUACAUGUGUGUAUAUAUAUAUAUAUAUAUAUAUAUAUAUAUAUACACAUAUAUAUGUUCGAAUGUUUAAUCACUUUCGUCAAGGAUCUACGGUUGAAUAUAGACUGUAUCGUGUGUAUGUGUGUAUGCGCGCAUAUAUGGGCGAAUGUAAGCAUGUCGUAAUAGAAAAACGUAAAUAGAUAGGAAAUAUAAUUAAUUAACUGAAGAAGUAUAAAUGUAAAUUAUUAUAAUAUUAUCAAUAUUAUUAUCACCAUUAGUGCUACCAAUACUACUAUUCAUAUAAUUACUAUUGCCAAUUUAGUGAUCACAAAAAAAACAAUAAAAAAAUAUUUUUGGCCAUUUUAGUGGCCAUUGGACGAUUGUGCAAUUCUCGUCGUGAAAUAAUCAUCGAUGGAUCUUCUUGAAACUGAUAAAGAAAACUUUGAUAAAGAAUAGAUAGUUUCAUACAUGUCAUCGGGUAAUAGAUCUAAAUUAUUUUGAUGAUCGUAAGCGAGUCAAAAUCUAUUUGUACUUGCGAGUAUUUAUUAAAAGUCCUGAAAGUCUAUGCCAUAUCUUUAUUGAUAAAUAUUUUAUUAUUGUUUUGAAUAAAGUAUACAUUCUGAUCAUAAAUUUUUUUCUGUAUAGUUGAUAUAUUAUGAUCACUUUCUGACUUUCUGGAGGCCUUGUUUAACAACCAGAUUAUUUAAGCGUAUGCGAGAAGAAUCUUUUUAUCGCGAUAUGAUACGUUCCACGACGGUAUCUGGUGUUCAUGUUCAUAAGAAAAUACAUGUGCCGUGUAUCAAACGCGUUAAUGAGGUGUUGUUGUGUUACCAAAUUCUAUCUAAAAGUAUGCAAUUUUAAUAACGAAAAUGAUUUAUGCAUAUGUGCUGCAUGAAUAAUUACACGAAAAAAUGAUAGCAUUUUAUAUUGUAUAGAUACAAAGAAAAAAAAUAUUGAUAGAGAAGAAAGAGGAAAAGAGAGAAAGAGA